AUGACUGCCUGGUAUUUAUCUAAAGACAAACAAAUUGAAUUAGCUCAAAUAGCUCAAAGUCUAGCUACAUCGGGUAAAGGAAUUUUAGCUGCAGAUGAACCAGCAGAUGUCAUUGAAACACGUUUUUCACCAGUAAAUAUUGAAAAUAAUGAAGAAAAUCGUCGAUAUUAUCGUCAAUUAUUAUUUCGUACAAAUGAAUGUUCACAAUAUAUAAGUGGUAUUAUAUUAUGUCAUGAAACAUUCCAUCAUAAAACGGAUGAUGAUGAUACACCAUUUCCUCGUUUAUUAAAAGAAAAUGGUAUUAUAAUAGGUAUUACAGUUGAUAAAGGUAUGGUUAUAUUAGGUGGAACAGAUGAUGAAACAACAACACAAGGUUUAGAUGGUUUGGAAGAACGAUGUAGAGAAUAUAAAAAACUUGGUGCACAAUUUGCUAAAUGGCGAGCAGUAAUUAAAAUUAGUCGUAAUACUCCAUCACAAUUAGCUAUUAAUGAAAAUGCAUCAACACUUGCUCGAUAUGCUUCAAUUUGUCAACAGGUAUAA